AUGAUGGCAGACAGACGGACUAUCAAUGUUGUGAUUCUGGGUGUGGGGUUUCUGCUCAUUUUCACCGCCUUCACCACCUGUGGGAACGUUGAACAAACUGUGGUGAAAAGUCUGAAAAACUCUACGUUCAGUGGAAGUGGAUACCACAGCUUAGGCAUCAUCUAUGGAGUCUUCUCGUUCUCUAAUUUGCUCGCGCCAACCGUCGUUUCGGUGCUCGGAGCGAAGCUGAGCAUGUUUCUGAGCGGCCUGCUUUACAGUGGUUAUGUUGCCGUGUUCAUCCUCCCCACCUCGUGGUCCUUCUACCUCACCUCGGUUCUCAUCGGGAUCGGAGCAGCCUUGCUGUGGACGGCCCAGGGACUCUUUCUGGUGGAGAACUCCGAGACCUCCACCAUCAACAGGAACACCGGGAUGUUCUGGGCUCUCCUACAGUGCAGCAUGCUGUUUGGCAACCUCUACAUCUAUUUUGACUGGAACGGACAAACAGAAAUCUCAGACAGCAGCAGGAGAAAGGUUUUUCUGUUCCUGCUGGUGGCCUCGGUCCUCGGCACGCUCAGCUUCCUGGUGCUGAGGAGGAGCCACCCUGAAGAGGAGAUGCUCUCUGAAGAGGAAGGGCAGUCGCUGCUCUCGACCCGCUCCAUGUACAAGAACAGAGCAAGUGCUGCUUUGCAGGACACCAAGUCUGAAUUCAAACGAAUCCUGCAGCUGCUGAGAGCUAAAACCAUCGUGCUCUUGAGUCCCUGCAUGGCAUACAGUGGCCUCGAGCUAUCGUUCUACAGCGGUGUGUAUGGAACGUGUAUCGGAGCUACUACACACUUUGGAAAAGCAGCCAAAGGCUUGAUUGGGAUCUCUGGGAUCGUGGUAGGCAUUGGAGAAAUAGUAGGUGGAGGUUUGUUUGGACUGCUGUGUAAGAACAGUCGCUUCAGGCGGACCUCCGUGGUCUUCCUGGGAAUGGUCGUCCAUUUUAUCGCGGCCUACUUGAUCUUUCUGAACAUCCCAGAUGAUGCACCUGUCGUCUUUGAAUCCGCCACUCAAAAGGACCCGUAUCUAACUCCAAGUGUUUCCAUCGCCCUGUUGUGCAGCUUCCUGCUCGGACUCGGAGACAGUUGUUUCAACACGCAGCUCUACAGCAUCCUGGGCCAUGUUUAUGCGGAACAAAGCGUGGCAGCUUUUGCCAUCUUCAAAUUCAUCCAGUCUGUGAGUGCAGCGGUGGCCUUCUUCUACAGCGGCUACCUCCUGCUGAUGUGGCAGCUCCUGCUUCUGGUCAUUCUGGGCUUUGCUGGGACCCUCUGCUUCUUCAUCGUAGAGAGGAUGCAGGACUUUCCUCUGGACUUGCAAGAAGAUUAACAAGCACACUCGCUCAUUAGUUAGCUGUGUUUUGUGACAUAUUGU